AUGAUGGAAGACUGGGCAAGAACGUUUUCUCCCCCAGACCGAUCAAGUGCUAUAUUCUUCCAAGAAUUGGGAGAGUUAGGAUCCGCCGCUGCUAUUACCCCAAACCACCCUUCUGCCGUGGUAGGUGCUCCCGCUGUGGGUAACAGCGCUGGGAGCGCAGUUAGUGCUGCUCUGGGUGAAUCGAAUACUCACACCCCAAACAAUUUCCUGGAACAGGACCAGUUCUUUCUUCAACAGAUCGAGAAUAACUUGUAUGAUAGCAAUGCUGGAACUCCACAUAUGAUAAAAUCGGGACAUACGCCCCAAGAUCAGCUUCACCUCCAGCAGCAACGACAGAUUCACAACCUGCUAGGACACCAGCACCGCCACCAGGACGUUUCUCAGCAUCAUCAUCACCAUCAUAGCUCAGAUAUAUCAAACCCAUCCAGUAACUCGGGCAGUAAUCCCCCCACAUCUACUAGCACUGGAGCAGCAGAUAUGGGACUAGAUAACCUAAAUUUUAUACUUGCUGAGGAGCUUCAUUACGAAAAUGGACAUACGUUACCCCUGCUGCAUACACAUCAAUCUACUGCUUACCCGCCAAGUGUGCAUCCACCCCCUCACACACCCAAUAUGCAAGCACUCAAGAAUAAAUCUGCCAUUGACAAGAGGGUAGCUGCUGCCAGCUCAAAUUCAACUUCUGGAGGGGCUAGCGGGGGAAAAGGUAGAUCUUCGGGUUUUGCUUCCCCCGUGUUACCCUCUCAAAAUGAUAAAUCUUACAAUGACCAACAUUUGUAUCAUAAACUGCAGCACCAUAAUCACUCUCACAGAAAUUCAUUGGAAGGAAGUAUUCAACACCCCCCUGCUCAACAUGUAAGACCUGAUGCGGUAUUCACUCCGCUUGUCUCACCAGCUGUAACUCCUUUGGAGUCUCAGGUUAAUCUUAAUAAGCUGCAGCAUCAUCAUCAUCACCAACAGUCACAAUCCCUGGGUAGUGGAUUUGUACCUCCUGUGCUGACAGUCUUCGAACCACUCACUUCACCUGCUUUGACUGCUCAGCAAUCGGAUAAGAGAAGGCCCUCUUCAUCCAUGUAUGCACCUCAUGGUGAGGAAAAACUGCUGCAAUCAUCUAAUAAACGUAAAACGCCACAUGGUACUCCAAUACUUCAAGCCACUAAUGGAAGUAAUAGGUCGAAACAGUCACCAGUAGUCAAUGCAAUCUCUGCACUUUCUAGCACAUUUGAUAAACUACCAGAGGCAAGUGUUGAUCUGAACAAAUCCAGUUUGGAAUCAACUCCGAUGCUCCCUCCACAAGGUAAAAAGGUGGACAUAAAGCGCGAGACCCCUGCUGCUCAAAUGAUGGGAUUCACUAUGGGUAGAUUGGCUGAACAGCAAUCAUCGGAUGCAAACCUGUCAUUUGACUCUCCUACCAUGAAUGGCAUGAAUGGUGGUACAGUUGAGGGGCCAAGAUCGACUAAGAAAUUUUCAUAUAACUCUAAAAUUCUCCCCAAGACCACAUCCUCUUCUUCAGAGACUUCUCCUAUUCUCUCGGGCAGUAAUGAUGGGUUGGCUGAACAAAAGUCGGGAGGAAUUGGUAGUAGGGGUAGAACAGACAAAACUCAGCCGACAAAGAAGGCCAGUCAUAAAGUUGCAGAACAAGGUAGAAGAAAUAGAAUGAAUGUGGCUAUUCAUGAGUUAGCAAGUUUAAUCCCAAAGAAAUAUCAUGAUGAGGUUCUGAUCCCAUCCAAAGCUACGACUGUUGAGUUGGCUUCAAAAUAUAUUAAUGAUUUGUUAGAAGAACUUGGGAAAAGUCACGAUUAA